AUGGCGAGUGCGCGAAACAGCGUCAGCAAGAACGAAUUGCUUCCCGUCUACGAGCGUCGGUCGCAACAUGAUGGCGACAUCUCUGGAUCUGUGACGAGCUUUGCCUCGACUAUUGGAAAUAAUGCCAGCGCUGCUGUACUCGCCUACUGCCUGUCCUCCAUCAGCAUGACCCUGGUGAACAAGUACGUCGUUUCCGGCGCCAGCUGGAACUUGAGCUUUCUCUAUCUCGCCAUGCAGUCUUUCAUUGGCACCGUGGCGAUAUUGGCCUGCAAGAAGACCGGACUCAUUCAGAACCUCGCCCUAUUUGACUUGAAGAAGGCCCAAACAUGGCUGCCGAUAUCCCUGCUGCUGGUCGGAAUGAUCUAUACUGGCAACAAAGCGCUGCAAUUCCUCUCCGUUCCCGUUUAUACCAUCUUCAAGAACUUGACUAUCAUCGUCAUUGCGUACGGCGAAGUUUUCAUGGUCGGAGGCGGCGUGAAGCCUCUCGCCCUGCUGUCUUUCGGCUUGAUGGUGCUCAGCUCCGUCGUGGCAGCCUGGGCCGACGUCCGGAACGCGACAACCGCUACGGCAGGGGCCAGCGCUGAGUCGACAGCCGCGGCUCUGUCGGCUCUCAACGCUGGUUACGCUUGGAUGGGGACGAACGUCAUCUUCUCGGCAUCGUACGCACUGGGCAUGCGCAGGGUAAUCAAGAAGACGAAUUUUGACAACUGGGACGUCAUGUUCUACAACAAUCUGCUCAGCAUCCCCGUUUUGCUGGUUGCGUCCGUGCUCGCCGAAGACUGGUCUUCCGAAAACCUACAGAGGAACUUCCCUGCCGAGUCGCGACAAAGCUUGUUUAUCGGAAUUCUCUACUCUGGCGUGGCCGCCGUCUUUAUCUCGUACUGCACGGCCUGGUGCAUUCGAGCAACGUCGUCUACCACCUACGCCAUGGUGGGCGCCCUAAACAAGCUUCCUCUGGCUGUUGCAGGCAUCGUGUUCUUCGCAGCUCCUGUCACAUUCGGGAGCGUAUCUGCCAUUGUCCUUGGGUUCAUCAGCGGCCUCGUCUACACGAGGGCGAAGAGCACCGGUGCAUAG